GCAAGAAGCGCCGGAAGCGGCUGAGGAACCCGGAAGUGGCUAAGGAACCUGGAAGUGCCGGGAACCGGGCCUCGGAGCAGGAUGGACGAUACACUCUUCCAGCUGAAGUUUACAGCAAAGCAGCUGGAGAAGCUCGCCAAGAAGGCUGAGAAGGACUCCAAGACUGAGCAAGCCAAAGUCAAAAAGGCUCUUCAGCAGAAGAAUGUGGAGUGUGCCCGCGUCUAUGCCGAGAAUGCCAUCCGGAAGAAGAAUGAAGGGCUGAACUGGCUUCGCAUGGCCUCCCGAGUGGAUGCUGUGGCCUCCAAGGUCCAGACGGCAGUGACCAUGAAAGGGGUGACUAAAAACAUGGCUCAGGUGACUAAGGCCUUAGACAAGGCUCUGAGCUCCAUGGACUUGCAGAAGGUGUCGGCCGUGAUGGAUAAGUUUGAGCAGCAGGUGCAGAAUUUGGAUGUGCACACUUCGGUUAUGGAGGACUCCAUGAGCUCAGCCACCACGCUGACUACGCCGCAGGAGCAGGUGGACAGCCUCAUUGUGCAGAUUGCGGAGGAGAAUGGCCUAGAAAUCAUGGACCAGCUCAACCAGCUCCCCGAGGGGGCCUCAGCCGUGGGGGAGAGCUCUGUCCGCACCCAGGAAGACCAGCUAUCCCGGAGGUUGGCUGCCUUGCGAAACUGAGGUCCUGUCACCUCGUGGACUGCUGUUCUUCCAACCAGGCCACCUCUCCUGCAGCCCAUCUCCAGCCUCUGCCCUGGGGACAGACUCUUCUCCUUUUUGGUGUUUCUUUUAUUCCAGCAAUGACUGCUUCCUGCCCAGCCAGUGGGGAGAUGUUCAAGGGGGGGCUGCCAACACAACCUUGCUCUGAGCCUGGAGAAGCAUCUCUGCUGGCAGCGUGUUUCAUGGCUGGGGGCCAGGGCCCUUGGUGAGCACAAUGGCCCUGGGCCCCAUUUCUACACUACACGGUGAUCUUGCUGGAAGCUCAAGUGCUUUUCUGCUGGGAUGCUGGUGCCUGAGUCUCUCCUGAUGUCUGUCUCUCUCUAGUGAUUGUCAUGCAUCCCUCUGUCACAGAUUGGUCUCCUGUGGGUAGUCCCUGGGCUGCUUUGGGCAGCGGCACAGUGGGCAGCUUUGUGCCCCUUUCUUUGUGGCUUUGUGUCGUCAUGAGUCGGGAAGAAGAGACUGGCCUGGGUUUGCCUGGGUGCUUGCUGUGUUUCGCGGGAGGGCCGAGUGGAGCAAGCCCCGUAGGCCUGUGCCUUGGUGUGUUGCCAUAACAGCAUGUUCCCAUGCACUUGGCUCCCCUGUGCUGCUGUGCCUGCUGCACUCCUGCCACCGUGCCCCCAGGGGCCUCGCCUGAUGGGCAAGGGUCCUGCUGUGCCAGCUCCCAGCCCCCAGUGUUGGCAUCAGGGCGCCAGCCUGCCUACCCACCUUGGAUUCCCUCACCACCAAGUGACCUUUGCGAAGCUGACUCCUCCCUCACCACCAUACGUUCACCUGUUGCGCACUGCCCUGGGGGAGGUGGCUCCCUGUGAGACAGCUGGACCAUCAAGGGGGAAGGCCUCACCUGCUCCUGGCGCUGUCUGCUGUGAGCCCCAGGAACAGGCUGCCCAGCAAGCCAAGCCCUUCUGUGAGUGACGUCCAUGCCUGUCCUGCCCUGAGCAUGUUGCUUAGCUCCUCAAUACCUCCGUUGCCUUUACCUCAUGGGCCUCUGGCUCCCCCUGCUCGCAUCUGGCUGGCAGGGUUCCCCACACUACCGCCCAUGGUGCAGAGCCAGCGAGCUUGUGACCAUGGAGCUCUGUAAGAGGAGAAAGCUGUACCCAUGCCAGA